CCACAAGGACUAAGAAAAGUCCAUAAUCUCAGACUCUACUUAGCCGUAAUUCUCUUUAUCUUUCUUUCUUUCUUUUUAUGGUUCCAACCUUUCAUUUCAUUUCUCUCUCUCUAUAUAUAUAUAACAUAUACUCCAAGUUAGGCCAAUCCAUUUUAUGUUAUUGGUGAUGGAAUUCUCAGUGACCAAAAAGAGAUGUUCUCAAAAAAUAGGGGUUAGACAGUACAAGAAAUCUUCAGUUCCUCGUUUGAAAUGGACUCCUGAGCUACAUGAACUCUUCAUUGAAGCUGUUCAACAUCUUGGAGGAGGAGAAAAAGCAACUCCAAAGAGAAUUCAACAGAUGAUGGCAGUUAAGGGAUUGAAGAUUUCUCAUGUUAAAAGCCAUCUCCAGAUGUACAGAAACUUGAAGGAGCGAGUCAGCAUCAAUAUUGUUAGGUCUGUGACCAACUUCCAUGAAGCGAGGCCACAAUUCUCUAGGUCUUCUCCACAGCAUGUGUGUGAAACACUAGAACAUCCUUCAAAGAGCAGCAAGCAGAUAGAACCUGGAAGUCAAUUGUCUUACAAAGCAAGAAUCAAUGAAUAUAGUGACCAAAUUGGUGAAAAUAUAUAUAAUUGCUAUGACUACCAGGUUUGAUGAGUUUCUUUAAUUCCUGACUCAUUCAUUUCCUCUAAGAUAGAUAAAGAUUUAUAUGGUAUUGUGAAGACAACUUGGUUAUUUACGAAUGGUGAAUCCUUUUCCUAAUUAGAGAUUUUGGGUUCGAACAAUGGGAAUCAGUGGCGGAGCCACAUUAAAGAUUACCGCUUGCUCAAAUUUUUUAUUUGUUAUACAUGUAUAUUACAAGCUAAAAGUAAUAAAAUGCAUGAUAAAUACAAGGCCGGAUUCAAUCCCUUUUGAUUUGAAAUAAAAGCUUGAUAUAAUCUUUUUUUAUGUUAUAAAAAAUGAAUUUUCUUAAUAAAAUUUCUAGCUCCGCCACUGCUUGGAAUAUAAAAUCUUUUAGCAGGGAGCGCUUUACCUCAUUGGUUUUACUCAUCGUGAAUCCAAUUAGUUGUCGGACCAGUGAACUACGGACAUUUUGUUAAAUUUCAUUUUCUUUGUGUGAUUUCAGGAAGCACAAGGGAGUUUAAGUAGUGGAAUGACAAAGGAAGAACAAGAUGGUGGUGGUCCAACUAGUGAAAUUUGUGAGUUUCCACAAGCAGAUGGUGAAUGUGAAAGAGAGAUCAAUUUUUGGCCUUUGGAUGAUCAUCAAAAUUCCCAGUCUGAUGAUCAUAAUAAAUUACAUUCUACCAAGGACAAUUCUCCCAUUAACCUAGAUUUAUCUAUCUCUUCUUGUUUCUAUUGUUAAUUAAGGUAAUAUAGAGUAGUCCCCUAGCAAGCUAGUAGAGUACUAUUUGUCUUGUAUUUUUUUACGUUAAUGUGGGAUAACAAUAAUACUGGCAUUUGUAUCUAGGCGCCCAGUAGUUUUUGUACUAAUCAUGAACAAAGAAAUUCUAGUGGAUUAUUUAAUUCUUACCAUUUGGCUCUUC